CUGCCGUACAUGCAGCAGCAGCAGGAGCAGCAGGAACCGGAGCAUGAGGCGGCUGGCGCCGCCUCCUCCCCCUCCUCCUGCCAAUUGCUGUAUGUGUACAGCGGUGCCCCUGACAACCCCGCCGCGGGUGUGUCGCUGCGUGCGAUCGACCCCGACCGCUUCGUGGUGUGGGACGAGGCGGCCGGCAGGGCGCUGGAGGAGAUAGAGGCGGACAAGGUCUUCUACCAGGUGUACGAUGGUGCUGUGUACCUGUUCCAGGGCCGCUCCUACCUGUGCAGCGCGCUGCGGCUGGGGGAGCGGCUGGCGCUGGUGCGCCCCGCCGACGUCAAGUACUUCACCCGCCUGCGGGACUGCACGGAGGUGCAUGUGACGGGAGGCCGGGUGGCCUACCCGGGCUGCCCGGCAGCCGCCCGCAGCCCC